AUGAGCACAACCGGAGAAAACCACACAGAUUCUACUUCCAGACCAAGCCCGGCCCCGAGCGCCACGGGCUCAACGGGAACUUCAGGUAUUACAGUGCGAGCGGGCCCAACCGGACACAUGAGUUUCAGAAGACAACGUGCGUCGCGUGCUUGUGAGGUACGCUGCGAUGCUGCCAGUCUAGGUGUGCCAUGCACCAACUGUGUAGCUUUUUCGAUCGAGUGCAAGAUCCCCACGCCGAAACGCAAGAAGAACCAAACAAAAGCUAAGGAGAGCUCCGGCAGCGAAGAUAAUCCCCAGAAAGAAACACCCAAGGACGAGCCGGCGACGACGGACGGCAAGGAUGCCUUCGGUUAUUCCAGUAAUCGAAUGGCCGUCGACGGUAUGCCUGUUACAUCACUCACAGACUCGCAGGCCGCUCAGCAAGCCACCCAAAAUGGAGCCUAUGCCCAAUUUAUGAAACCAAAGUUUGCGCGUGCCCCGAUUAAAGAAGCUGGCCGGGUCGCUUACCUCGGCGAGUCCUCGAAUCUUUCGCUCCUGGUGCAGGACCGCCAUGGAACGACGGACGUCGUACACUAUCCCCUCCCGCCCAAUGUUCGAGGCUCUCGUGCUAGGUUGGCAGAUCUGGAUAAUCUGGAACUGGAUAUACUUCAUCAGCGUGGUGCUUUCCUUUUGCCGCCAAAACCUCUUUGUGAUGAACUCGUCGAUGCCUACUUUAAAUGGGUCGCCCCCGUAGUACCCAUUGUGAAUCGCAGCCGUUUCAUGCGGCAUUACCGUGACCCCAAGAAUCCGCCGUCCCUACUGCUCCUUCAGUCUAUACUGCUCGCUGGGUCUAGGGUCUGUACGAACCCCCAGUUGAUGGAUGCCAAUGGCUCGACAACCCCCGCAGCCAUGACAUUCUACAAGCGGGCCAAAGCACUCUACGACGCUAAUUAUGAAGAUGACCGUGUCACGAUUGUUCAGGCGUUGGUACUCCUGGGCUGGUACUGGGAGGGCCCGGAGGACGUUACCAAAAACGUCUUCUACUGGACGAGAGUGGCUAUGGUUGUAGCACAAGGGUCAGGGAUGCACCGAAGCGUGGAAUCAUCCCAACUGAGCAAGCCGGAUAAAAGACUGUGGAAGCGAAUCUGGUGGACUCUAUUCACGAGAGACCGAUCCGUAGCAGUGGCCUUGGGGCGCCCAAUCGGGAUCAAUACAGACGACUCGGAUGUUGGAAUGUUAACCGAGGACGAUUUCAUUGAGGACGAGAUUGAUAUAGCCGCCGAGUACCCGCCGGACCCCGUGCAUGUGCAGUUCUUCCUGCAAUAUGUGAAGCUCUGCGAGAUCAUGGGAUUGGUGCUUGCGCAGCAGUACUCUGUGGCUUCGAAGUCGAGACGCAUGAAUGCUAUGGACCUGACACACUCGGAUAUGGCGUUGGCAGACUGGCUGCAGAAUUGCCCCAAAGAGGUGUGUUGGCAACGACAGAAUCAUCAUUUCUGGGCCGCCUUGCUUCAUGCGAACUAUUACACUACACUUUGUCUUUUGCAUAGGGCGCACAUGCCACCAGCUUCAUCUGCUCCAAAUAGUUACCGCGUAGAAGAGAUGGCUUACCCCUCGCGCACGAUCGCCUUUCAGGCUGCUGGAAUGAUAACUUCUAUCAUGGAAAACUUGCAGACGCAUCAAGAGAUCCGAUAUACACCAGCCUUCAUUGUGUAUAGCUUGUUCUCGGCUCUGAUCAUGCACGUUUACCAAAUGCGGUCAUCUGUGCCAACGGUUGUGGCAACCUGCCAGGAGAGAAUCAAUAUAUGUAUGCAGGCUCUGAAAGAUGUCUCCAAAGUCUGGCUUGUGGCCAAGAUGGUCCGUACCCUGUUCGAAUCCAUUCUGGGGAAUAAAGCUCUGGAGGAGCGUCUCCAGAAAGCUGCAGGAAAAAGGCACCAAAGGGUACGACACGACAACACGGCCCAACAUCAGCCCCCAAGAAAACCGGAUCCGCCGAAGCGGAAGUUCGACGAUAUGGACCUUGGUUUGCCAAAUGGGGGUCCCACACCGCCAGUCUCAUAUGAGCGCUCGCGCCCUCAGACACCUGCAGUGACUCCCUCAAGGGAAAUGGGACAACCUGGAUUGAACGUUCCCCAAGGCUCUCCUACCGGUCCUCCGGCAGGCAACUCGCGGGGUAAUACGCGGCCGACAACUCCAUUCAAUGCUCAAUUUUCCCUUCCUGCAACGCCACCCGACCUGUUCCUUGUCACGCGUACUUCACCCAACCUUUCGCCUUCGCUUUGGGAGAACUUCCAGCCCGACCAGCUGUUCCCGGAUGGCACUGCCAUCUUUCCUGAGCUGACUUCCCCGCAGCACAAUGCCGUCGAUCCACAAUUGCAGAUGUCGUCUCAGUUACAGACACAAGGCAUGGAUCAGCGACAUAUGAUGCCUCAUCAGAUGUCCUCCCGAGGUCUUCCCGGAACACAAGGAAGCCCGGAGAUCAUUUCGAAUAUCCCCCCCGGGAUGGGUAUGCAAGGUCAGCAGCCACCACAGGUGUUCGGAAUGGAGAAUCAGCAGCCCUGGCCGAUGGCAGGCUUAGAAGCAGCCCUGCAUACCGGGGUGGAGGCUGCUAGCCAGGAUGACACCUGGAGUAAUAGCUCCCGGAGUGGACCAACCGCACCGACGACUUUGAACGUGGAAGACUGGUUCCAGUUUUUCGGCAUUAAUGGUAGCUUUGGCGACCUGUCAACUUGAGCAUGAAUAUGGAAUGUAUAUGCGAUGACGACCCUUCAUCAUGACAAGUGUAUAAUAUGUCUUUUUCUGCUUUUCAGAGGCUACUACAUUUAUCUGAGCCUCUUUCCCGGUUGAUGACUUGUCUCAUUGGCGGUGCACUGCCGGAAGAAUCUCCCUGGCCCUCCUUGGUAGAUGCGUGAUAAGGUUUUGACAAUCGCAUGUCUAUAAAUUUGUGGUAACGCCACUGGCAGCUGUCUUCGCGCUGUAUAAUGGUCCAUCCACAGGCAUGCAGAUGAUCGCUACAUAGACAUAGGCCUCAGUAGGGUUGGGAAGAGUUGUUUCAAGGGCAGUUCCGUGUCUGGCAUACGGAUGAGGAGUUUGUGUGAUAUCGAUUUGGGCUUUUUUUUCUGUUUCUUUUCUUUUUUUCCUCCCACCAGUUGCAUGUGAAAGGGAUUUGGAUGGGCUCGAGGUGAGCUCCUGUACAUACAUAGAAAUAUAAAGCAAAGAAUUUAAAAAGGAAAUGAAAUCACUCUGUAUUUCUGCCUCAGGCGGCGAAUGACGAAAUCGACACUUACGUGGAUCGGCCAAUGAACGGGCAGGAGUGGGGAGGCCAUCCUUACCGUGUCGGGUAAGAUAGAAUGAAGGACGGGGCGCUUCUUGAAUGACUCUUCC